AUGCCGGCUUUGGUACCAACCCUAGCCACAACCAAAUCGUCCUCAGCAAUUUGGCCCCACCGCAGUGGAGGCAACUUGUCUCGCUCUAAAAGUUAUGCAACUAUACUGAGGGAUUUGGCAGUGCUUGACAGUGGCUUGAUUAAUGGUGUUAGUAUGGGACACUUGAAUGAGUCGAGAGCCGUUCACUCUGUGGUGCGAUGA